AUGGCACAAGGCGCUCCAUUUUCGCACGAAGCGACGUAUUCGUCUGCUGGAUGGCUAGAAUCCGAUCCAACAGAGCGCGAUAGUCCUCAACGUGAGGCAGUCGAUGCACAAAGUGCUCCAAGCUCUCUAGGUUUUCCGCAGAGCGGUGGGCAGCCUCCGACAGAUGCUCGGCAGAAUGCCGAUGACGCCGGACUUUGUCUUCUUAAGCUCGAUGAGCAUCGCGAGUCACCGGACGGUGAUCGACCAAGUCGUCAUCGUUCGCCGCCGAAUCUUCUCAAGGAGAAUGGUGGCGUUCACUAUCACGUGGAACGCCUUGUGAGUCAACGUCGUCGACAGAAUUGA